UCCUGUUCUCGUACCCCGCACUUCCGGUCGGCCCGACACGCCGUUGUUGGAUCUGUUACAUGCGCACUGAGUCGCUUGAGCUGGGCGGAUGAUGAUGGCGCGUUAAAGUUCACGAUGUGUGUGUCCUGUUUGGAGAUUUGGGAUAAACUGAUCGAGGACAGCAGCUAACCCACGUAUGGCCUGCGAGUCGGCGUUACCUGCCAUCAUGGACGAGCAGGCCCUCAUGGGACUGAACCCCAACGCUGAUGCCUGCUACAGGCAGAGGGCGCUGGCAUAUUUUGAGCAGUUGAAAGAGUCUCUGGAUGGAUGGGAGGUGUGCGCUCAAGCCCUGGCUAAAGGGGUUUACAGUGACGAUCAUGUAAAGUUCUUCUGCUUUCAAGUCUUGGAGCAUCAAAUCAAAUUCAGACACGGGUCGCUCACUGCAGCUCAACAGCAGCUGAUCCGAGAGACCCUGAUGAAAUGGUUGCAGGCUCAGUUGAUGAACGUGCAUCCAGAAAAGCCCUUCAUCAGGAAUAAGGUGGCGCAGGUUUUGGCCCUGACGUUUGUGAUGGAGUAUCUGACGUUAUGGCCCAAGUUCUUCUUUGACAUCCUCAAUCUGGUGGGACUGAAUCCGAACGGUGUGGACAUUUAUCUGCGCACACUGAUGGCUAUCGAUGCUGAGGUGGUUGAUCGGGAUAUCCUGCACAGUCCUGAGGAGACACGCAGAAACACUCUGAUUAAGGACAGCAUGCGCGAGCGGUGCAUCCCGGCGCUGGUCGAGUCCUGGUUCCAGAUCCUUCAGACAUACCAGCACACCCACAGUGAGCUGACCUGCCAGUGUCUGGAGGUGGUGGGCGCAUACGUGUCCUGGAUCGACCUCAACCUCAUCGCCAAUGACAGGUUUGUGAAUCUGUUGCUCAGCCACAUGUCCAUGGAGGAGCUGCGUGAGGAGGCGUGCGAUUGUCUGUUUGAGAUCGUCAAUAAGGGCAUGGAUCCUGUUGACAAAACCAAGCUGGUGGAGUCUCUGUGUCAGGUGCUGCAGUCCGCAGGGUUCUUCAGUAUCGAGCAGGAGGAGGAUGUGGAUUUUCUGGCUAAGUUCUCUCGGUUGGUUAACGGGAUGGGUCAGUCUCUGGUGCUGAGCUGGACUAAACUCAGUAAGAUGGGCGAUGUCAAGGUUUCGGCGGAAACGUUGCGCGCUGUGGAGGGGAAGGUUCCCCUGAUGCUGCAGCUGCUAAUUCAUGAAGAUGACGAUAUUUCAGCCAACAUCGUGGGCUUCUGUUAUGACUACCUGCAUGUUCUCAAACAGCUUCCAGCUCUCAAUGAGCAGCAGAAAACAAACGUGGAGGCGAUCAUGCUGGCUGUGAUGAACAAACUCAAGUACGAUGACGAGUAUAACUUUGAAAAUGAGGGCGAGGAUGAGGCCAUGUUUGUCGAAUACAGGAAACAGUUAAAGAUGUUGCUGGACCGACUGGCUCAAGUCUCUCCUGAGCUUCUGCUGGAAGCCGUGCACAGAGUCUUCAACGCCACCAUGCAGAACUGGCAGACGGUGCAGUUCAUGGAGGUGGAGAUGGCCAUCAGGCUGCUGUAUAUGUUGGGUGAAGCUCUCCCUGCGUCUCACGGAGCGCAUUUCUCUGGAGACACCACGAAAACCAGCACGCUGCAGUCCAUGAUGAGAACUCUGAUCAUCUGUGGCGUGAGCGAGUAUCAGCAUUCCUCUGUGACUCUGGAGUUCUUCGAGACCGUCGUCCGUUAUGAUAAGUUCUUCCUCGUCGAGCCGCAGCAUAUUCCUAGUGUUUUGAUGGCGUUUUUAGACCAUCGUGGUCUGAGGCACAGCAGUCCAAAGGUGCGCAGUCGAGUGGCUUAUCUGUUCUCGCGCUUCAUCAAAACCCUGUAUAAACACAUGAAUGCAUUCAUCGAGGACAUACUCAGCAGAAUACAGGACCUGUUAGAGCUCGCUCCACCGGAGAAUGGCUUUCCGGUGCUGCUGAGCAGUGACGAUCAGCUGUUCAUGUUUGAGACGGCCGGUGUGUUGAUCGUGAACGGAGAGAGUCCUGCCGAGCGAAAGCAGGCUCUGAUGCGCAGUCUCCUGACGCCGCUGAUGGAGGCGUUUCGCAUGCUGCUCGCAAAACUGCCACAGGAGGCCAGUGAAGAGAGACAGGCGGUGCUGGCUGAUUAUCUGAGUCACGCUGUGGGAUUCGCCAGUCGCACCAGCAAGGCGUUCAGUAACAAGCAGACGGUGAAGCAGUGCGGCUGCUCUGAAGUGUAUCUGGACUGCCUGCAGACCUUCCUUCCGGCAAUCAGCUGUCCCGUCCAGCGAGGGCCGCUGCGCAGCGCUGUGCGCUCCUUCCUCCACCGCAUGAUCAUCUGUCUGGAGGAGGAGGUGCUGCCCUUCAUUCCAGCCGCGUCGCAGCACAUGCUGAAGGACUGCGAGCCCAGAGACCUGCAGGAGUUCAUCCCGCUCAUCAGUCAGAUCACCGCCAAGUUUAAGGUACAGGGCUGCACGAUUAAUCAGAAUAAACCAGUAAAGUUUACAGUAAAUGCUGCUCCACACAAACUCAGUCUGUACAUCUGAUCCAAGUUUGGGUCAGUUAAACGUGCAUUUGGAAAUGCAAAAUCUGUAAUGCUUAGUGCGUAUCAACAAAAGAGAUGUUUAAGGCCUUCCUGUGGCUCUCCUUCAAGAGUUAGAUGGUUCAGCGUUUGAAAAUGAAGAAAUCAAGACAACCAUAAAUAUUAUGGUUGGUGUUGUAAUUA